AUGGUUGCGCGAUGGCAUGAUUCCAGAACAAGAAACAAAGGUAUUACACUGGAAACUCCGAAGAGAGGUAUUCCGAAUAAAGGGGAGAGGCACGGUAAUCAGGCGGAGGAAGAAAAAUGGGCGGGUUCAGACACUGAAAUCUACAAGCAAGAGCGUAUAGUUAAAGUGGUGCGUGAUGUUCGUGUCCCGACUAACUCCCAAGAUCGGGAUAAGGCUCUAGCCGUUCGCUCUUCGGAGUUUCCAGCUGAAGAGGCGAAGACUAUCAUUUUUAUUGUGAUUCGCGCGAGAAUUGUCAAAGAUAUCUGUGAUAAAGUAAUUGCAUUAGUGUUAUUUCGACGAGAUAAUGUCGAAUUAAUAGAGCAGCGAUGGUUGCGCGAUGGGCAUGAUUCCGGAACAAGGAACAAAAGUCAAGAAUUAUCUACACUUGUGAUUCUUGUGACCCGUAAGAAUAUUCACAGUGCCAGUAUCGCCAGUAAAGGAGUUUCGAAACCCCGUGAAGAGAGUGGCGAACGUGGAAGGUGGUUCAACACCUCCAGAAACAACUACACUCCACCUGAUGGCAUAGCGACUAUCAGCAGAGAGAUUCACGCGAUAAUUGUUCAAGACAUCUGAAAUAAAGUAACGGCCUUAACGUUAUUACAACGAUAAUAUGUCGGUACAAGAGAGAAGCGAUGGUUACGCCAUGGGCCCGG